AUGGUUCUGGCGGGGCUCGUGGACUUCAUGCAGUUUCAGGGACGGAACCUGGGGUUGUAUUUCAAGCCCACUAAGUGGAUAACAAGGACUCAACAGGAAAUAAACAGAGAGAAAUUGGAAGUGAUAAAGAUGCAAAGCAAAUUCCGUUUAAUUCGGUCGCUGCUCCGGAACCGGCGGGCCACGCUCUUCGAGUUCCGCAACCACGAGCACCUGCUCGCCACGCUCAGCCAGGACCUGGUGAACAAGAUCCGGGAUCUGGACGACAGCUCGGCCCGGAAAGUGCAGGCGUUGCUACAGCAGCAGAAAACCCUCUCGACGAUCAUCGAUGUCUUGGAAUACGUGCAUAAGAAGAAGCUGCAGGAUCUGAAGAGUGAGGUGCAGGAAUGGGAGGAGAAGGAGGACCUGAAGGUGCACAGCCUGGAGAAGCAGAUGGCUCAGCUAAAGGCCCAGAUCCAGAGGAUGCACGAGCAGGUGAACUUCCUGAGCACCUACAUGGACCAUGAGUACCCGGUCAAGUCCAUCCAGAUUGCCAUGCUGGGGCGCCAGUUGCAGCAGCUGAAGGACAGUCAUCAGGAGGAGCUGGAAGACCUCAGGGAGAUGCAGAACAAGGUCCUGCAGUCUUUGUACGACCGGCUGCAGAGGAAGAGAGAAAACAUUCUGCAUUCGCUGGUGAUGAAAACCUUGUCUCCCCAUCAAGAGGUUCUUCUCCAGAAGACCCGAGAAAUCCAGGACUUGUUAAGAUACAAGGAGAAGUUUGGAGAUUACAUCGCCCAGCUCGAGGAGAAGAUGCCUGUACUAAGGGCCGAGGUGAAGCAGCUCCAGGAACACAUCCUGGAGCCCCGGGAGGUUCUGUUCGCUGACAUCCUGCUUCGGAGACCCAAGUGCACCCCAGAUAUGGAUGUCAUCCUUGACAUCCCCGUGGAAGAAGUGCUCCCCUUCUAGGCGGUGUGCUCUGUGCC